AGUAAACCUUUGAAGCGAUACAUAAAAAAAAUAAAAUAAAUUACUUCAAAUAAGAUUUUAAUUCAUCAAUAAAAAUUGCACGGAGAUUUUUUUUUUUUUUUAUUUUAAAAAUUAAUAAAAAAGGUUAAUAAUUUUUUUGAAAAUGUACGCAUUCAAGCCGCACGUGUUUACUGAACACUCUAUAUACAGUAUUACAAAACCUGAAGGAAAAGUGAACGAAAUAAUAUGCUGUGAUGGUAAAAAUUUAUAUUUUUAUGGCGAGUCUGUAACAAGUAAUAGCAAAUUUUAUAAUAUCCGGGAGUACAAUUUAGCUAGACAACAAUGGAGAUUAUUGAUAUUAACAAGGCAUCAAAGCAAAUCAUCAAUAUCGGAUGAAUCUUUAAGAAUUAGUACUAUUUUUGAAUCAAAUUAUUUAGUUACUUGCACACUACAAACGCAAAACACAAGACAAAGACUUUUUAAUGACGAAUUGUCAAGUCACACAUGUCAAUUACAUGUUUGUGAUUUGAAUAGUAAAAGUAGUCUUGUUCGAAGGACAAGUGGACAGAUUCCAUAUUUUUUAUUUGCACUUAAUUUUAUUCGCCAUGGAAAAUAUAUUUAUACUGUCGGAAUCCAAAGAGAUUAUUAUAAAACCUUUUCCGAUGUAUAUAAAUUAAAUAUGGAAAAUGAUGUAUGGGAAGUUGUUUACAUCUGUCGAGGACUUGAUGCUAAUGAACCAGUUGGUAGAACAAGUCAUACUUUAGUUUAUAGUAACAAUAUGAUUUAUAUAUUCGGUGGUUAUGAUCUUAGUCCCAAUUAUGAUCCAUUUUCGUUUCUCAAAAUAUGGGCGUUUGAUUUGGAAAAAUGCUGCUGGAAAAUAGUAGACACUCAUGGUGAUGAAAAUCACACACCGCAGUAUCCAACUGAUAGAGAUUUAUUCGGUGUAACGAGUUACACUGAUCCAGAUUCUGGUGAAAUGAACGUAAUAAUAUCUGGAGAAAAAUUUUAUAAAAAUGAAUAUGACAAUGACGGUGAAGGUUGGGAAGAAUUCUUUGAGAGUGACCAUAUUGAGUUUAAAGAUGUCUGGAGAUUAAAUCUCACAAGUUUAAAAUGGACGUGUCUCGAGAGAUUUGGUACUGCCUUACCUCAUCAAGUUGAGGAUCAUUCAAUAACCAUUUCUUCUGCUGGGAAAUUGUUUUUAUUUGAUGGCGUGGAACACGAAAUUCGCACUUCUGCUUUACACUCAACUUGGAUCAGGAUUCCCAAACUCACAGAUAUUUGUUGGGAAGCUGUUUUACAUUACUAUCCAAACUUGAAAUCAAUUACUGACAAAGAAAUCAUUUCCCUCGGAAUUCCAUUGCAGUUAUUUAAGUCGCGUAUUGAUUAA